GACUUUGCUAAGAAAGCGGAAGUUUAGUCGAACAAAUAAACUUGGCAUAAUUUGAUUCAACAUUGUCCUGCGUUCCUGACAAUCUGCUCUCAAUCAUCUUCUGCCCACAUGGAGAAACGCACAGACAGCCUGUGGUGCAUUCAAAGUUUUCAGAGUUUGUGAGGGAGUCAAACAAACAUUAAAAGACCGGAGAGUGCAGGUGAGCACUGAAAUGUGGAUCUGAGCAUUUUAUGAAUCAUCAUGCCUCCACAUCCCAUAAUCCAGGCAAUCAUCGACUUCUCAGCUGGAGCGAUAGGUGGUACAGCUUGUGUACUGAGCGGUCAGCCGUUUGACACCACAAAGGUAAAGAUGCAGACAUUCCCCACCAUGUACCGCGGCUUCAUCCACUGCUUCACAUCGACCUUCAGGCAGGUGGGACUAAGUGGUCUCUACAAAGGAACGACCCCGGCCCUCAUAGCCAACAUCAGUGAGAACGCUGUGCUCUUCUUGAGUUAUGGUCUCUGCCAGGAUGCUAUCCGCUUUGUGUCCAAGAUGGAUAAAGGGGCUGAUCUCAGUGAUAUUCAGAAGGCGUCUGCGGGGUCUUUAGCCUCCAUCUUCUCUUCUUUGGCGAUAUGUCCAACCGAGCUGGUGAAAUGUCGCCUGCAGGCCAUGCACGAAAUGGAAGCAUCUGGCAAGAUCGCAAGAGGACAGAGAAGCACAGUGUGGACAGUAGUGAAGACAGUGUUGAAGACAAACGGCCCCCUGGGUUUCUACCAAGGACUGACCUCCACCAUGGUCAGGGAGAUACCAGGAUACUUCUGCUUUUUUGGGGCCUAUGAAUUGUGUCGGUCUAAAUUUGCGCAAUACAUGGGCACGGACAAGGAUGGUAUAGGUAUUCUUCCACUCAUGUUCAGCGGGGGAUUCGGGGGAGCUUGUCUGUGGUUGACGGUCUAUCCCAUAGACUGUGUGAAGUCCAGGAUCCAGGUGUACUCUUUAGCUGGGAGGCAGGAGGGCUUUAUGAAGACCUUCAUGGGUAUUAUACGUACUGAGGGGAUCACUGCUCUGUACUCGGGCCUGACUCCCACCAUGAUACGGACCUUCCCUGCCAACGGAGCCCUCUUCCUGGCCUAUGAGCUGAGUCGCAAGUUUAUGAUGGAGAAAGUUGGUAACUGAUGUGGAGUAUCUUGACACUUAAAGAAAGUAUUGUGCUGCCUGAAGUCCUAAAUGAGAUGACCAAAUGUUUUAUUGCAUCUUAAUGUUUGAUUAUAUGUGACACAUGUUUCUCUAACUGCUGACCACAGUAAUUUAAAUAAAGUCUUAAUCCUAUCAUCCAUAAGUCAAAGUGUGACUCUACCCCUGUGAAUACAUUUCAUCAUGGUCAAAGAUUUAAAUUAAAACUCCUGAAAAUUGGACAAAACAAAGUAAAGCUGCAAAAAUUUUAUUAUAAAAGCAUGUCUAGUGCAAAUGGUUAUGUUAAGACUGAAAACUUUUUUUUGCGGAUGUUUUCUUUUUCAUUUUCUGUUUGCUGAAGCAGAUUCUUAGCUGCCUACCUCACCACAAGAGGGUCCUGUUCACACUAAACCACUGUGUUCACUCGCAGCAGAUUAGACAAUGUGUUGAUGCACGGGAGUACUUGUAAUCCAUAUUCUGUUAAAGAAGGUGUAUAUUUUGCUGAUUUUAAAUCAUAUCCCAAGAGUUGUAGUUUGAAGCUUGGAAUUCAAGUAAAAAGUAAUCUUGAACGAGGGUGCGGUCUGUAAUAGGGUUAUUUACAUGCACUCAUCAUGUACUGCAGUGAGCUGACUGUCAUGAUACCAAGUAU